AGGGUUGAUUUCGGGUGGUAGUUUCCUCUGGCAACGGUGGUGGUGGUAGUGGGUGCAGUGCCAGCCCAGGGGUCGUGGUCGCAUUCUCAUCCACAUUCGUUCGCAAUCUUGAUUUCCCAAUCGAACGGUGCGGAUGGGCGAAAGUAAUAACAAUAAUAAUAUAGCCCCGUGCCGUGUCGUUUUUAUGUGCUCCCUCUUAGACACACACUCGCAGACAGUGCCAUUGCAAGUUGCAAGAAACGAAGAUUGUGAGCUGCCGAGUGCGUAACGUAAAUUUGUGACCCUGUUGUGUACGGGGGUCGUGCCAGUAAUAAGGGGGUGAGAAAAAAGGGAAAAGUUUACUCGCAGCAGAAAUCGACAGCAAAGCAGCAGACAGCAUCAGUGAAACGGCAAAAGCACCAGGCCCGGGGUAGAUGUGCAACGUGUCUAACAGCUUUUCCUUAUCCGGGGACGGAAAAACGAGUCGAAAGUGGAAUCAGGUGUAAAUAGCGAAACCGAAGAAGAAGCAAAAAAAAAACAUCAUCCACGAUCAUCAUCCUGGGUGAGAAAGUGUACACCAAGAUCUCUGGUGUUUGUGAGUUGUUCGCUGUGAGAGCCAAGGGGUGAGAAAGUUUUCACGUAGUGCGUCGUGCGCCCACUGUGUGUGUGUGUGUGUGUUAGUGGCGGAAAAGAAAAGGAAAAAAGUGAAUAUAGGAGAUAAAAAAAAAGUGCGAUCAAGCAGCAGCCCACCUGUUGCGGGUGCGUAACAAAUCUCUGAUCAUUGCACACGUGUGCGACACCGGGCGUGUGUGGGCGCGUAUGUGUUGGGUGCGGUGUUAAGUGCGUGUGCUUAUUGGGAGCAGCUUGAAACAAAAAAUAAAGAAUCAAAACGAUCACGAAGCUCUUUAGCUACGUGUUUGUGUUUGCGUGCGUGUGAUCUAUUGGGUCAGCCCCCCAACUGCCAUCUUUCGCGUACACGUUGUGCGUUGUGUUCGCACGCACACGCAGUUUGGAAAACGAUCACCGUUUGAUUUGGCUCACCUGCUCCGUGGCUCACUUUGGCUCACUCCGGUGAGACGUAGAGCUGUCGCUGACGCGUGAUCUUUGGUUGCUCCGUGUUGGAACGCGCCCUGGUUGUCAUCGGCGGAGAGCCUUUUCCGGUUUCUGCGGCGUUGUGGAUGUGUGUGUGCGUGUCUGGUGUUUUGGCGCCCGGAAGGAAAUGUAAUGUGUUUGGAAGCUAAGACACAAGAAUGCCAAUACAGGCGCCCCAAUGGACAGAGUUUCUCAGCUGUCCCGUUUGCUGCAACGAGUUUGCAGCGAAUUUACGCCCACCGAUCAGUCUAGGAUGCGGCCACACCAUCUGCCGCACCUGUCUCGCCACACUCCACCACAGGCAGUGCCCGUUCGAUCAGACUGUUAUAUCGACUGAUUUAGAUUAUCUACCGAUAAAUAAUGCAUUACUGCAGUUGGUCAGUACACCGGGUGCCACGUCCUCGUCGACGUAUGGCACGAAGGGCGGCGACGGCGGAAGAGGAGGAGGAGGAGGUGGAGGAGAUGGAACGAACAACACUAACAGCAAUGGUGGCAGUUCAUCGCCUGGAGGAGGAAGCUCGCAAGGUGCUGUUUGUGGAAGCAAUAGCAGCACUAGUAGCGCAAGUAGCAGUAGUAGUACCAGCAGUAGCAGCAGCAGCAGCAGCAGCAGCAGUAGUAGCAGCAGAAGCAGCGGUGGCAGUGCCGGCAACAGUACCAACGCCAGCAACGACUCAACUUCUUCCUCCGGUAGUAUAAAUCCUUCGCCAACUGCCAAUGUGUCCAAUGCUUCCGCCGGCAUUACCGAUCCGGACCUCAACUCGACGAGCGUGCAGAGUCUCAGUCCAGAGAAUCUGCAAUACUACAAAACGGCCAAGGCAUGCAUCGAGGAGCUGGCGCUCUACCUUAAGCCGUGUCCACCGGCCGGCAGCGCAUCGCUGGCAGCGGGCGGUGGGGGCGGUAGCAACAGCAUCGUCAGCACGUCUGGCCCAUCCGGUGCAAGCCUGCUGUCGCGGCAGAUGCAGCGGAAACUGGUGAUACUGGUCAACUGUCAGCUGAUCGAAGAUGAGGGCAGGGCACGGUCGCUCCGUGCCGCUCGCUCGCUAGGCGAGCGCACGGUCAUGGAGCUGAUCCUGCACCAUCAGAAUCCGCAGCAGCUGAGCACGAACCUGUGGGCGGCCGUGAGGGCACGCGGUUGCCAAUUUCUCGGCCCGGCCAUGCAGGAGGAGGUGCUGAAGCUGGUGCUACUAGCCCUGGAAGAUGGAUCGGCCCUAUCACGCAAGGUGCUGGUGAUGUUUGUGGUGCAGCGUCUUGAGCCACACUUUUCGCAAGCAUCGAAAACGAGCAUCGGACAUGUGGUGCAGCUGCUGUAUCGUGCGAGCUGCUUCAAGGUGUCGAAACGGGAAGGUGACUCCUCGCUGAUGCAACUAAAGGAGGAGUUUCGGACGUACGAGGCGUUGCGGCGCGAACAUGAUGCGCAGAUCGUGCAGAUCGCAACGGAAGCGGGUUUACGGAUCGCACCGGAUCAGUGGUCCUCGCUGCUGUACGGUGACACGGCGCACAAGUCUCAUAUGCAGAGCAUCAACGACAAGCUGCAGACGCCCCAAUCGUUCGUGCAGUCGGUGCAAGAACUGAUUAUCGCCCUACAACGCACCGGCGAUCCGGCCAAUCUGUCCGGCUUGCGCGUACAAUUGAAGCAUUUGGCGGCGAUCGACUGGAACAGCGAGAACCACGUGCCCAGCUGGGCAGAAUGUGCCGCCGCUCUGCAAGCGGUGAAACGUGUCGUCGCGGGAUUGGUGGAUUUUGUGCAGCAUCACGGCAAUCGAAAACUGCAGGAGGCUGGCCAUCUGGCACACAAUCGAAACUACAAGAUCAGCUUGUGCCGGGACCUUAACAAUCGGGGCACCUGUCCACGCGGACCGAACUGCACCUUCGCGCACUCGGACGAAGAACUGGAGAAGUAUCGGACAAAGUUGCGAAAGAGUCACGGGAGCAGUGCGACCGCAAGUCUGCGUAUGAUGUCAAAUGGUAAGGAUCAUCAUUUAGGUGGUGGUGCGGGUGGUAUGUCUGGAACCGGUGGCCAGUCAGGAGGUGCGAGUCGAACACGUUCAGCAGUGGACUAUCACGGACAUCCGGGUGGUGGUAGUAACGGCGAUGGAACGAGUGGUAGUAUGCAUCAGAGUUCGUCCUCAUCCCAUGGUUACCAUUCAUCUGGCGAGGAAGCAUCGUCCCCGGUGCGUUAUCAAAAGACAUCUUCCAUUGGUGGGGGUAGAGAUGGACCUGGAAGUCAACACAGCCAUCGGUUGAUUGACAAAAAUCACAUCGGUAGUCAAGGCAGUGGUUUAGGAUCUGGAGCAGCAGGUGCAGGUGUUAAUGGGCCUGGAGGUACCCAUCCGUCGUCGUAUAGCGGAGGUGGCCCGGCGUCUAUGAACGGCAGUACUCGUGGCGUUUACCCUGUGGCUGGAGGAAGCACAUCAAAUCACUACCCGCAUGCUGGCGGUGGUAGCAGCGGUAUGAAUUAUUCAAACCGUGGACCCGCUCAUCACUCGGCAGGAGGACCAGGAGGAGGUUCUUCUUCACAGGGAGGUGCUCAACAUAAUGCUUCCCAAACGAUGAGAUUCCGACCUCCGCCACACAUGGGUCCAAGCCAGGGAGGAUCGAAUGCCAACGGUGGAGCAAAUUAUCACCCAGGGGGUCCAGGACUGGGUGCUUCGCUACCGCCGCAUCCUAACAUGCAUCAUGAGAGUGGUGGUAACGGUUCCCAUCUUCCGGGCGCAUACCCUCAGCAACUUCCUGCCACACAAGCAGCUGGCGGCCAUUUGCCUGGAGCACACCAGAUCGAACCACAUCACCAUCAUAGUUCGCUGGCAAACCCUGUUCAUCAUCAACCCCCGUACUUUGGUGGUGGUGAAUACCCCGAAGGUAAACAUGGCACCGAACAUGGAUCACUACACGGUCAGCCUCAUCACCACGGCCAUAAUCAUCCUUCGCAAUCAAGACGACCGCCCAGCUACACGGGUUGGGACAGUCUUGCUAGCCCUCCCCACCAUCAUCUCGGGGGUGGUCACCAUGGAACGUCUGGCAAGGUAGGACCAUCAGGUCAUCAGCAGCAGGGAGGCAAUUUUGGAAUGCCCGGACAUGCGGGACAACAGUCUCAUCCUUCAGCGGGCAAUGCACCAUACGGCCCGGGUGGAAGUCCUAAGAAUGGGCACACAAGCACCUCGGCAGCGCCCAUGGGCUCAAAAUUCAUGGGUGGCAUGCAACAUCAGGCUGGCCAGCAGCAAAACUACCAUCACCAGAAAUUGGGGUCACAGGUUCGUGACUACAAGGAAAAGCACCAGGGCAAUCGGGGACCGCAUCUGGUACCACCGCAUGGUCACGGUGGAAUGCCAUCGAUACCUUCCGCUGGACCAUCGUACCCUGCCGGACGCAAUGGUCCGCAUCCACCUCCCCCGUAUCUAACUUCCCCAUUGCCGAUGACGGGACCCAACUCCGUGGAUAAGAAUCCUUCGGGUCCAGUGCCGCCACCGCCACCACCACCACAUCAUAAUGGUUACAAUGGGUCACAGGCUGCUGCCUAUCAGCAUAAUCUUCAACAACAACAGCACCAUCAGCAUCACCAUCAUGCCCAUCAUAUGCAUCAUGGUCCUGGGUCGUAUCAACCGCAUCGCCAGACAGUAGGUGAACCGUCCGGCUAUCUGCCCAAGAUGGUCUUCGACACGCUCGGAACGACCGGUGGAGGAAAUAAAAAAUCGUACAACCAACAGCUGAUGAAUCAACAUCUGAACGAAAUUGGUAUGCCAAACCCAGCUGCCGGUAAGGACAUAUUUAUUCGUUCCGAUUCGCUCCUAGCGGACGAGGACGCGCUAAUGGUGGCUGAGCAAGAGUUUAACAAUGCGGCCCAGUAUGGGCCCAUCUCGCGCAUGAACCCGAUCGGUACGGAACGUAUCGAUUUAGGACUGACACCACGUAGCCAUCCGAGACCCGGCAGUGUGCAUCAGCGUGGUGGUGGUCUGUGGUCCACCACCUCCUCUUCCUCGCUCGGGGACAACCCAUCGCCGACGGGUGGUGGAAAUGGUAGUUCAUCCGCUUCCUCACCGUUUUAUGCGGGCAGUAGCGGUGGCAUGAUCCCGCCUGCGAUGCGAAAUCAAAAGCACUCGAUACAGCAGCCACCUCACCAUCCAUAUCAUGGCCAGCAGCAUCCAUCAUCGUCCUCAGCCGUGCACGAGAAGAUGGCACCCGAACCGAACAAUAACUCGAUUGACUUUGAUCUGUUGCGUGGUGAUAAAAAGACGCUAGAGUACGAUUCGGCAGUAGGUUUAGGUGAAUGUUGCGACACAGUCUCAACAUCGGCUAGUGGUGGCAGCGCGUGCGUAGAGUCGGACUUCUUGCUACAAUCGUUGGUUUCGCAGACUGGACUAGCGGGUGGUCGUUAUGGGCAGCAACAGCAGCACCAUUUUCAUUCGAUUGUUUCCGGCACGUCAAUGAUGAUGUCGGAAAGGAGCAGUUCACCGCCUCAUCCACAGCAACAUCCGUUGCAGCAUCAACAACAACAGCUUUUGUCGAAAGUGUCCCAAUCGGAUCGUUGUAAUGGUGGAGGAUUGAAUGAUCGACUGGCUACUGGAGGAUCCGCAUUGUCACCCGCCUGUACCAACGAUGAUCUUCGCAAGAUGAACGAUAUCAAGAGUCCACAAUCAUCGCUAUCGGGUAUUCAGUCACCCGCUAUGAUCAUGUCGGUGACAUCCGAUUCUUCCGUAUGCACGACACCACCAACUGGUGGUACCGCAUCUUCCAACGGUGGAACUUCCAUGUGGAACAAUCUGCUGGAGCUGUCCAGCUUUAAACCACCUUCAGAUUCCAUGAGCAACCCGAACGAUCAGGAUGGAGGCUUCAAUCCAAGUGGACGAAACAACCAGAACACACCAGGAUACCCGAUGACAUUCGCGACAGCAUCGUCCACCUUUAUACGCGCGUCAGAACAAUACAAGCUGCCGAAAAUGCUAAUGGAAUCUGCUACAGGCCAACAGCAGCAGCAACAAGGUUUGGGUGAUGUUGCUCGGUUUCACGACAUGAUCCAUAGCAGCCAGCCAGCAUCGCCCAGCUGUUUGAGCGAUCGUGUAACUAGCGAUGACCAACGCAAACUGAACACGUUCAAGGAACUGAGCGAACUAAGGAUCCAAUCAUCUUCUGUAGGAGGAAUUACACCUUCAGGGAUUCUUACUUCCGUGACGGCAUCGUCGUCUCCCUCGGUCGUGUCGUCUGCCGGAGGCUCUGAUGGUGGUUUAUCUCUGCACGUCGAUCAGUCCGCAUCGUCCUUGUGGAACAACUUGCUUGAUCUUCCCAGCCUCAAACCAUCGCCACUGUCCACGAUCUCAUCGGUGUCGGGUUUGGAGCAAUCAUCUACCAACGAUCCGCUGAUCGGGUGUCACACCGGUAACACCAGCAUCAGCGCUCUGUUAAAUAGUAGCAACGGUAGUAGCUGCGAGGAUUCGUACGAAGCGGGCAUAGCGGACGACAUGCGUCUGCUGGAGAUGAGUCUUGAGUCGGUGUUGCAGAUCGAUGAGAACGGGAUAUAACAUUGGAAGGGAAGGGAAAACGAGGAUUGUGCCGGCAGUGCAAGCCAGACCAUAUCUGUAGGAUACAAUCCAAACUGUGUUUUAAGAUAAUGACUAAUCCAAUUUGUUUAGGGCUAGACGAAGGGACAUUGCGCUAAUGCGUACAUGUGGAUAGAUUUACAAAUGCCCGAGGUAUUUGUAAAUGUCCUCCGUUUAUGUUAUAUGCCUCCUGUGGGGGAGGAAUACCUAGCCGCUUGUGUCAACUCGAUUAAAGUUGGUCAGUUUUAAGUACGGCAGAAAGGUGAGACGGGAAUACUAGCUAUAGCUAACAGGUGUUUGGGUUUAGAUUUCCCCCAAAAUAAAAUGUGUUUAAACAUUUUGCUUGGGAUAAGGUCCACUUUCUGCUUAAGCACGAUCAUCGACUGAUCUGAAUAACGUUAGUGUAUGAACAACCUCUGCUCGGGUAAUGAUGAAAUGCGCCAGACAGUUUGCUAAUGCGACAGUUAGGAAGGAAGGACAGGGAAGGAAAUAUUGGUUCCGAGAUGAUUGAAUUGUUUGACAUGCUGCAGCAGUACUAAGAUUAGACAAAUCGCUUGUUGGUUACGUUGCAACCGUACCGAUUAUCACCAUAUAUUGACAGGCUCAAUAAGCAAAACGUUUAAUACCAUGUUACACUACUAACAAAAACAGUUCGCUAAAUUUGUAGAAAAAGAAAACCCUUCGUUGAGUUUAAGUGAAAGUGCAAGAAAGGACCGUACUACCAAUAUUCAAAUUGUUAAUUGUGUUUAACUAUCUUUUCUAGCUCAAUUUGCUUCUAUAGUUAGUACGAUUUAUCAACCUUGUCUUUGCGUUAAGUUGGUAACGUUACUGCAAAGCGUAAUGGUGGAUUGUUUUUAAUUACAAGCGCGGGCAAGCUAUUUUUCUGUGAAGGUAGUGUUUUUUUUAGGUUAGAUACAAAGCUAAAGUUGUUUUUCUUUUUAUCGCUUAUAAAGCUUUUAGAUGAUAGUAGAAUGCUUGGGUAACAGUUUACAAAUUUUAUCAUUGUUUUUUUUAUAUAUACACAUACAUACACGAACACCUUUAUCAUUAUACUUGUAUAUGUAUAACCGUGCAUAUAUAAGAGUGACGGGAAGCAGCACUGCUUUUGAUUUUUAGAAAAGCAAACAUAUGUCAUUGCUGUAAGAUGUUACACUAUAUUAGUAUGUUUAGCAUUACCUUUGGUUUAGCACGUCUUACGUCUGGGAACAGCAUACGAUCGCAUCGAUAGACAAAUGUGUUAUGGAGCGGUUUACGGGGAGUCGGGACAAAUACUCUAAGAAGCUGUUCGUUCGACUGUCCCUUGAUUUGUGCAGACACUGAUAUAUUAUUACUGCGAGCAAAUGAGCAGCACACCCCGUUUUGAGCAUAGGUUAUUAUUAGUCCUUAGCAGUCCUUAGCGUUGAGAACUGUUGUUACCCCCAUGUGUGAGAGUGUGUGUGUUUUUGUGCGGCUGUAGGACACUGAAGUCGUUAGCAAAUUGUAACCGAAACCACGCAAAAAUAUCGUUCAUUUGAAUGAUGUGUUACUAGCAGAAAGGUAAAUCUAUAUAUGAUACGCUCAGACCGGAGCGGUACAGUAGUUCAGUAAUCUGUAGCAGAAUGGUUGAGAACCGUUCUUAUUGAGGGAAGGAUGUAAAAGGCGACGACACCCCAGAGGAUGUUGGUAGUCGUGUGUGCGGAUUGACCCAAUCGUCCGCCGGAAUGUGUUUAACAAUAAUAGUCCAAUUACACAUCGGUAACUCCGGUGUGCUGAUACUCCGCAACCGUUAUGCGCGCUGUUCAUUAGGUUAAUGUAUAUUAUAGUGAAGCAAACA